AUGAAUUCCUCAGAUCCACGACACUUCUUUGAGUCAGACGCCCAGCAGAGCCAGCGAGAGAGGCGAGAGGCCAAGUCAAGCAACAGAUUUGGCAAGCCUAUUGUUCUCAAAUCGAAGAUCGCGGCAGCAUGUGUGAACCCGCUUUCACCCUCGACUAGCAUCUUCAUUGCUGAGUCGGCAGGCUCUGUGAGGAGGGUCGACAUCGACGAUCAUGAUUCCAAGCCUGUCAUCUACCGUGGCCCAUCCGCACCAAUCACCUGCGUGGCGGUGGGUGGCUCUCAGGACAGAAUCGUGUUUGCUGGCUCCUGGGACAGGAAUGUGUGGUCAUGGGACAUAGAGACCCGUCAGCCCGGCCGCAAAUUUGUCGGCCACUCCGACUUCGUCAAAGCCGUUACGUGCACCAAGAUUGGCGGAAAGGAUGUGCUCGUCAGCGGUGGCGCCGACAAGAAGAUUAUGGUAUGGGACAUAGACACAGGCAGCCGCUUGCAUGUCCUGCAGGACUCGGUGACGGCCAUGCUCGCCGUGCAGUCACUUGCUGUGGAUCCCAUCUUGAGCUCUGGGGACGAGGCUGUAAUCAUCAGCGCAGGGAGUGAUCCGGUUGUACGGAGGUGGAAGGUCAGGUUGGACGGAUGGGAGCAGCUUGUGGAUGCAGAGCCUGGAACUCCGAACGUCGAACGCAGGUCGAUCAAAGUGCACGAAACGGGUGUCUACAAGGUCUUGUUCGACCAUUCAGGUGAAGAAGCGGACUUGUGGACGGCGAGUGCAGAUGGUUCAGCGAAGUGCUUAUCGCGCGGCAAGGCCUUUACUGCUGAAGACAGCUUUGAGCAUGGCGACCAUGUCCGCGCUGUGGCUGUCACAGAUCAGUGGGUGAUCACGGCCGGCAGAGAUGAAGAUGUCAAGAUUUGGGACAGGGCGUCUGGGAAGUUGUAUUGCUCUCUUCAGGGCCACUAUGACGAGGUCACAGAUCUCGUGCUCCUUGACGGCGGCCAUGGACAAGAAACAAGACUGGCUAGUGUGAGCAUCGAUGGGACAGUACGCAGUUGGCCUCUCGACAAGGUUGGCAUCGAUACUGCAGUGCAAGAGCAGCAAAAGACUGCCAUCAACGGUGCUGGAGACGACCAGGGAAAAGAAGAGCCGGAGAAACUGCUCACUGCGGAAGAAGAGGCCGAGCUUGCAGAGCUUUUGGAUGAGGAUUAG